AACCGAGCCUCCCGCUGCGAGCACCGCGCAGCGUCGCCCCGCGGGUUCCGCAGUAGAGGUGACCUGGGCUCCGCCGCGUCCGCGUCCUCGUCGUCGGGUUCUCUCGCAGGUGCAGAAGACGCCCCGCCGCGCCACUCGCAGCCAUGUCUGAACCAAUCAGAGUCCUUGUGACUGGAGCAGCUGGUCAGAUUGCAUACUCACUGUUGUACAGUAUUGGAAAUGGAUCUGUCUUCGGAAAAGACCAGCCUAUAGUUCUCGUGCUGUUGGACAUCACCCCCAUGAUGACUGUUCUGGAUGGAGUCCUAAUGGAACUGCAAGACUGCGCCCUUCCCCUCCUGAAAGAUGUCAUCGCUACAGAUAAAGAAGAGGUUGCCUUUAAAGACCUUGAUGUGGCCGUUCUUGUGGGCUCUAUGCCAAGGAGGGAAGGCAUGGAAAGGAAAGACUUACUGAAAGCAAAUGUGAAAAUCUUCAAAAGCCAGGGUGCAGCCUUGGACAAAUACGCCAAGAAGUCAGUCAAGGUCAUUGUCGUGGGGAACCCAGCCAAUACGAACUGCCUAACGGCAUCCAAGUCGGCUCCCUCCAUCCCCAAGGAGAACUUCAGCUGCUUGACUCGCCUGGACCACAACCGUGCCAAGUCUCAAAUCGCGAUUAAGCUCGGUGUCACCGCCGACGAUGUGAAGAACGUCAUUAUCUGGGGGAACCAUUCCUCCACCCAGUACCCGGAUGUCAACCACGCCAAGGUGAAGCUGCACGGAAAGGAAGUGGGUGUUUAUGAAGCCGUGAAAGAUGACAGCUGGCUCAAGGGAGAGUUCAUUGCGACGGUGCAGCAGCGCGGCGCUGCCGUCAUCAAGGCCCGGAAACUGUCCAGCGCCAUGUCGGCCGCGAAAGCCAUCGCUGACCACAUCCGAGACAUCUGGUUCGGAACCCCGGAGGGCGAGUUUGUGUCCAUGGGCGUUAUCUCCGAUGGCAACUCCUACGGUGUUCCUGAAGACCUGCUGUACUCGUUCCCCGUUGUGAUCAAGAAUAAGACCUGGAAGUUUGUUGAGGGUCUCCCUAUCAAUGAUUUUUCACGUGAGAAAAUGGAUCUUACUGCAAAGGAAUUGGCAGAAGAAAAAGAAACUGCUUUUGAAUUCCUUUCCUCUGCGUGACUAGGCCAUUAUUUUGAUGUCAACACAUACCCCAAAGCUGAAGAAUCUAAAUGUCGUCUCUGAGCCUGGUCCCGAAUAAUAAUGAUGCUAUGCUCAGAUUACCUGUGAACAUCCGCACGUUCUGAAGAUUGUGCGCUUACCGGUAGAGGUCUAUUGUGAAAAUCUGUCAUCAUGCUGUUAGUACUGAAUUCUAAAUAAAAAUGCUGAUUCAAGUGAAA